GCCGAUCUCACAGAGGGGGCGGAGCUGGUUGCGCGCUCUGGGUAUCGGGGCCGCGCAGGGAUCGGAGAGGAGACCGGUGUGUAUGUAGCGGAGCUGCGGGCUGACAGGAGGGGCCCAGAAUGGACAGGCCGGGGGCCCGGCGCUGAGAGCGGAUACAGGGGGACUCAAGUGCUCCCACCGGUACCGGCACAAUGAGCGGCCCCUCGGGCACGGCCGGACCCCCCUGCCGCCUGGCUCAUUACUUCGUUAUCUGCGGGACGGACGCGGACAGUGGGCUCGAACCGGAUGAACUGGCGGUUUUGUACCAGUGGCUCGAAGCAGACCGGCAUGGCAAGGGCCACGACACAGGGGAAAACUUUGAGCAGAGUCCACUGAGGAGAACCUUCAAGUCUAAAGUUCUGGCCCACUAUCCGCAGAACGUCGAGUGGAGUCCAUUCGAUCAAGAUGCUGUCAACAUGCUGUGCAUGCCCAAGGGCCUAUCGUUCCGGACACAGGCCGACGACAGGGACCCGGAGUUCCAUUCGUUCAUCAUCACGCGGGAGGACGGCUCGCGCACCUACGGCUUCGUGCUGACCUUUUACGAGGAGGUGACGAGCCGGCAGAUCUGCGCCGCCAUGCAGACGCUGUACCAGAUGCACAACGCGGAGCAGAGUAACAGCGUCUACGCCUCGUCGUCGUGCAGCAUGGACUCGCUGGCGAGCAGCGCGGACGAGAGCGACGACGCCUCAUUGGCCAAGUCCCAGCGCUACAACUCGUACGACAUCAGUAAGGACACGCUGUACGUCUCCAAGUGCAUCUGUCUGAUCACGCCGCUGCCGUUCAUGCAGUCGUGCAGGAAGUUCCUGACGCAGUUGUACAAGGCGGUCACCUCGCCGCAGCCCCCGCCGCUGCCGCUGGAGAGCUACAUCCAUAACAUUCUGUACGAGGUGCCGCUGCCCCCCCCGGGGAGGUCGCUCAAGUUCUACGGGGUAUACGAGGCUAUUGUGUGCCAGAGGCCGGGGCCCAGCGAGCUGCCCCUCUCCGACUACCCCCUCAGGGAGACCUUUGAGUUGUUGGGACUGGAAAACCUCGUGCAGCUUUUUACCUGCGUCCUGCUGGAAAUGCAGAUCCUGCUCUAUUCCCAAGACUACCAGCGGCUAAUGACAGUGGCAGAGGGCAUCACCUCUCUCCUAUUCCCCUUUCAAUGGCAGCACGUCUACGUUCCCAUCCUACCCGCCUCCCUUCUGCAUUUCCUCGAUGCGCCUGUUCCGUACCUGAUGGGUCUUCAGUCCAAAGAAGGGACCGACCGCUCCAAACUUGAACUUCCUCAAGAGGCCAACCUGUGCUUUGUGGAUAUCGAUAACCAUUUCAUCGAGCUGCCCGAGGAGUUCCCCCAGUUUCCCAACAAGCUGGAAUUCAUUCAGGAAAUCUCGGAGGUCCUGCUGCAAUACGGGAUCCCCCCCGAGGGCAACUUGCACUGCAGCGAGAGCGCCACCAAGCUGAAGAGCCUGGCCCUGGACGACUGGGUCAACGACAAGAAGAACGGCAACCUCUCCGGCAACAACAUCAACAUGUACGAACUGCUAAAGGGCAACGAGACCAUCGCCCGGCUCCAGGCGCUGACUAAGCGGACGGGGAUAACCAUGGAUAAAAUCAACCUGGCGGCGCCCCUAGUGGACGCGGAGGACGAGCAGAAAGUCCAAUGCGCCGAGAAGGAGCUUCAGGACUACAAACUCAACGUGCAGCUCCGGGAGGUCUUCGCCAAUCGCUUCACACAGAUGUUCUCCGACUACGAGGCCUUCGUGAUUCAGUCGGCCCACGAUAUGGAGUCGUGGCUCAACAACAGGGAGCAGAUGCAGAACUUCGACAAGGCUUCCUUUCUGUCCGACCAGCCGGAGCCGUACCUGCCGUUCCUGUCCCGUUUCAUCGAGACGCAGAUGUUUGCCACCUUCAUAGACAAUAAAAUUAUGUCCCUGUGGGACGAGAAGGAGCCGCUGCUGCGCGUGUUCGAUUCCCGCAUCCAGAAGUUGAGGCUGUACAACGGCCGCGCCCCCGCGCUCAGGUCCUCCAAUUAUAAGAAAUGCACCGCCCUGAAGGAGGCAGCCCAGGCCAUCGAGCAGCGGCUUACCAAGAUCGAUCAUACGGCCAUCCACCCCCACCUGCUGGAUAUGAAGAUCGGCCAGGGCAAGUACGAGCAGGGCUUCUUCCCCAAGCUGCAGUCCGACGUCCUGAUGACCGGACCGACCAAUAACAACCGAUGGGUGAGCCGUAGUGCGACGGCGCAGCGGAGGAAAGACAAACUGCGGCAGCACUCUGAGCACCUGGGCCUAGACAAUGACUUAAGGGAGCCCUCUGAGGAGAUAGUGAUCCGGCAGAACUCUAUGGCUUUCUGGGAGUGGGAUCAGGGGUCCCCCCCUCCAGCACGGCCUCCAAAAAAAUCCUACUCUGAGUGCUGCCUGAAAUACAUGCAGGAAGCCAGGAGUCUGGGCAAAACUGUCAGGCAACCGAAAUUAUCUGAUCUCUCCCCGGCGGUUAUUGCUCAGACUAACUCCAAGUUUGUUGAAGGAUUAUUAAAAGAAUGUCGUAUGAAGACAAAGCGGAUGUUGGUGGAAAAAAUGGGCCACGAAGCUGUGGAGUUGGGCCACGGAGAGGCCAAUAUAACUGGGUUAGAAGAGAACACACUGAUUGCCAGCCUGUGUGACCUGUUAGAGAGAAUAUGGAGUCACGGCCUGCUUGUUAAACAGGGCAAGUCGGCGCUGUGGUCGCACCUGGUUCAGUUCCAGGAGAGAGAGGAGCGAUUGGAGCGCACAGCGGAGUCGCCAACGGCCCCAGGGCCAGACAGGAGGAAGUCAGAUACCGGCGUCAGUUUGCCGUCUCUACGAGUGUCGCUCAUCCAAGACAUGAGGCAUAUCCAGAACCUGAGUGAGAUCAAGACGGACGUGGGCCGAGCUCGCGGGUGGAUACGGUUGUCCCUGGAGAAGAAGCUCCUGUCUCAGCACCUCAAGCAGCUUCUGACCAAUCAGUCCCUCACCAGGAAGCUGUACAAGCGCUACGCAUUUCUCCGCUGCGAGGAGGAGAAGGAGCAGUUUCUCUACCAUCUCCUGUCUCUCAAUGCCGUGGAUUACUUCUGCUUCACCAGCGUCUUUACCACUAUCAUGGUUCCUUACAGGGUUGUGAUCAUCCCCAUCAAAAAACUGAGCAACGCCAUCACCACGUCCAACCCGUGGAUUUGUGUGUCGGGGGAGCUGGGGGACACCGGGGUCAUGCAGAUUCCCAAAAACCUGCUGGAGAUGACCUUUGAGAGCCAGAAUUUGGGCAAAAUGACUACAGUUCAGCUGGGUCACGACAACUCCGGCCUUUUGGCCAAGUGGCUCGUCGACUGCGUCGUGGUCCGAAGUGAGAUCACGGGACACACGUACAAGUUCCCGUGUGGCCGCUGGCUGGGGAAAGGGGUAGAUGACGGGAGCCUAGAAAGAGUUUUGAUUGGUGAACUGAUAACCCCCACGUCGGAUGAUGAUCUUGGGAAACAAAGCCGCACCCCUCCCCAGCAGAAAUCUCCCACCGUGGCGCGCAGACUAAGCAUAACCUCCCUUACAGGAAAAAAUAUCAAACCAAAUGCUGGGCAGAUCCAGGAAGGUAUCGGAGAAGCCAUAAACAACAUAGUGAAACAUUUCCACAAACCUGAGAAAGAGAGAGGCAGCCUGACCGUCCUGCUGUGCGGAGAGAGUGGCCUCGUCUCGGCUCUGGAGCAGCUCUUUCACCACGGAUUCAAAUCCGCUCGGAUAUUCCAGAAAAGCGUCUUCAUCUGGGACUUCAUAGAGAAGGCCGUGGCUUACUUUGAAACUACCGACCAAAUAGGGGACGGUGAAGCGGAUCAUCUGAUCCCGAGGUCGUCCUGCAAGACCUUCUGCCACUACGUGAAUGCGAUCGUGGCAGCCCCCCGGCACAUUGGAAAAGAUGGGAAAUUCCAGCUCUUGGUCUGCCUAGGGGCAAGGGAUCACUUACUGGCCCUCUGGAUCCCCCUGCUGGCUGAGUGCCCGGCCAUCACCAGGAUGUACGAGGAGAACGCCCUUCUCCGAGACCCCAUGACGGUCAACUCGCUCAUACGGGUGCUGCAGACCUUACAGGAUUUCAACAUCGUGCUGGAGGGCUCCCUUGUUAAAGGCGUCGACGUUUAACCCUUGUUUGCUUCUGAACCUCUCCGUUGGCCAGGGCACCCCUCGACGCUCGUGGGAACCAAGUGCUUCAGACGCCCCCCCCCCCCUUCCUUUCUAGUCUCAGAACCUUGGGAUUUGGUUCCGGAUUAAAAGGCACACCCGGAGCGCGCGGAACUCAGUAUUGUUGCUCUGGGGGCAACGCUGCAGUGUCAUAUAGUAAAUUUGAAUCAGAUAUUUAGUACAAUAGAGUAUUUUUCCUGUGGUGUGUGUAAAUACUGCUGUAGUUUUUUUUAAGAAGAAGAAGAAAAAAAAAAAAUAACAUUAUAAUUACCAGGUGGAAUUCCAAGGAUUUUUCCCUUUUUUCCGACUGUAUUCCAACUCCCAGCAUCCUCUGCUCGCCUGUGAGGAUCUUGGUAGCUGAGUUACUUGCCCUUUAUCUAUAAGAUGCCUAAUGCUUUCCCUUUAGAACAUACCCCCCCCCCCAUAUAAUGUACUUGGUAUGGCCUAAAGGUAAGCUGCCUGGGACCCUACGAAAGUGAUAAAAAUACCUCAAAAACCCGGGAUUGCUAUUUUUCUCCCUAAUUUAUGUUGUCAGAAACCGCUGAGAGUAUUAAGCCGUAGUCUCACGAUGGCCGUCUUGUAUAUUAAUAUAAUAUAUAUAUUUUUUGUGAAUGUAAAAUGCCUAAUCCGAGGUCCCCCCCCCCAUUGUACUUGAUUAUUUUAUUUAACGUAUCAAAAGGUUUAAAUGUGCAGCCCCUCCUCCUGCUGGACACUCCCCGCCCAUUUCAGGGUGCCGGGAGUUGCAGAGGAGCUGUUGCAAGUGUUUCAUCUCAGUGUAACUGCCUAUGGGGCUGAGCUGGCUGAAAGGAAGCAUCUGAUUGGCUGCAGUGGGUUACUAUAUUUGCACCAAACUGGUCUUCAUUGCAUUGUGGGAUUAAGUUAACUUUGCAACUUUCAAUUGGUCUUCAUUUCUUAUUUUUUAUAGUUUCCUAACUGCAGAGCUGCUGAACAAAAGACUAAAUCAUUAAAAAAAAAAUAAAGACCAAUUGCAAAUUGUCUCAUGCUCUAUAUCAUACGAAAAUUUCAGUUUAAGAUGAACUACCCCUUGUAAGGCUAAGCAGAGACAUUCAGUGUCACGUGACCAGGCAGUAAGACGAUUGGUCCAUUCCUGCCUUUUUCAUUGGUUCUAGCGGUGGGGGUUCUAGUUCAACUACAGCUGCAGUUGUCUAAAGGGGAACAUAAACCUUUGUAUUAAUCGGGGGGUUUGAAGCAUGCUGGGAGAUGUAGUCCAGUAUCAGCAGGGUUGGAUUCUUAAAGAGACAGUGAUGGCUAAAGCUUUUUUACUGGGUCUCUAGGGCCCUGUUAUCAGUAUUAACUCUCCCCUCUCUGUUCCAGAGGUAACAGCUGUCUGUCUCUGUGUUCUGGAACAUCGUAGAACCUCCGGGUUAUUACAUGCUUGUCUAGCUGAGCAUUAUGGGUAUAGUAGUCCACCAAAGUAUUGGCACAAUGUACUGUAAUAUCCAUGGUACUGCCUGGUUGGCUGUCGGCUUCUGUGUAAGGGGUGAACUUCCCCUUUAAGAAACACUGCUAGCUUCAGAUCGGAUCUGUUGGACUGACCCAAUCACAUUGGGAAGAAGGGGGGUUACACAGGGGGAUGUGCACCCCAGUGAUCCCAUGACCAAUGGGCAGAGGCUUAAGCAUCUAUCGAGUGGCCAAUUGCAUAUAAACUGCUGCUUUGUAUUCCCAUGGGCGGGAAUUAUAUAUUGUUCUCUAAUAAAAUGACUUGCCCUUUAAUCCCCGUUGCAGUAUUCUAAUUAUAGGGCAUUUUGCUUUUAUUCUGGAGGAGAAGCCCAUCCCAUUGGCUGUCGGUUACACUGUAUCUAUAGUUAUCCCCACUCGCUUGGAUCCGGUACUACUGAGCCCCCCCCCCUUCGUGCAUGGCUCCCCCUCAGCCUGAAUGAGACCUUGUACUGUUCCUUUAAUGACUGCUGGGAAUGCGCUGGGAAUGAUCUCUGAUUGGCUGCAUUACGAGACACUGUACCUUUAAUUAUUACUUUGUGCUACUUUUCGAAGGUUCUGUUGUUUGGAUCAGCGGCGCCGGAGACUCGUUACAUUAAAUGCCUUUUGUUGGGGUUUUUCUUUUGGGGGGGGGGGGGGGGGGGGGGGGGGGGCUUGUGUUGAACUACUGAAUGCAUAUCCACUGGGUUUUGCUCUUACUGCAAAGUAUUCUGAAUAAAUGCACUUUAGCUGCACGCCCAGGGCUACGGAGGGGGGGCCCCCUGGAAAUGCAGGAGGGGGGGAAUGUGACAUUAUUGGGGUAUUUUCUCCCUGCGACCCUCCUGCUGUUGUUUAAUGAGCAUCGGAAUGAACAGUUGUUACUAAGGACUCGUAGCCGGGGCCCCUUCUGAUGCUUAGGGGCCAAUGCUCUCCGGGCCCCUCCCUAACACUGGCCCUUGGCAUUUCCAACAUAAUGUCUAGGUAUUGGGUUUGCUGUAAAACUACCUGCUCUCCGACGUCUGCAUCGUGGGCAAAGGCCGGGGCAAGAGUGCCGCCUUGUUGCCCCCUGUGUUGCCUGCCCUGUUGGCUCAAAUAAACAGGGGGGAGCAGAGUAGGUUUGCUUUCCUUUUUUCUUACGAAAUCCGUUCAAUGUAACUGCUUUCCCUCAUAAUAAAAUGUUCUUUUUUUCUUGCUA